UUCCGGAGGACUGAGAAGAGGACUCUGCUGCAGUAGCAACAUCUCAGAUGGAGAGAGAUCGUUUAAAUGAAAUAAGACUAGACAAAAACACGAUCCCUGCAUACAACAAACAGAAUGUAAUACAGGAACCUGUUUGGGCCAUCUGUGCAAAACCUAGUAAAAGCCCCUCGAAAAUAGCGUUUGAAAAGCAGGCGAUGCAGCAGCUCUGAGAACGAAAUGGGAGGGGGACUCAUUUAAUUUACUGUACGUUACACUAGUGGUGAGAAUAGAUAGAAAAACGCAACAACAACAAGAAGACACGGAAAGAUUAUUGUUUGUAUACAGAUAUCAGUUUCGUGGCUUAAUUAUGCACGUUAUGCUAAUCUGGUCUGUUGCAUAAUUGAUUUAAAAUUUAAGUGCAGCGUUAGCCCUGCUGCAACCGUGUCCGAGACUCACACAGGCCGGACGAGGGUACUAUAUCAGACAGUUAUUUUUCGAAGUGCAACGGAUUGUUCAUUUUAUUCUCUUAAAUACAGUAAAUAAUUGUACAACUCUCUCACGAAUAUUCGUAAUGGCAGCAGUGUGAAGAGGAUGUGAGCUCUACAUGGAUUUUAUAAUAUGUUUUUUUUUCCCCCUUUUUUUUUUUUUAAACUAAAUGAUAUUUCUUGGUUUUAACGACGAAGAAUAAUCUAUCUAUUUCACCGGAGGGCUGGAUGACAACUCGUGCUGUGUGGAUGACACAUGGUUCGGGAUGACAAAAAUAUGUUUUCCUUGAAGAGACCGUUGCCCGUCUGCUGAAGAGGACAAGUAUUACUAAUCAUACUCUCUGCAGACAGGAGAUAAUAUAUUUUGGAGACAUAUCACAAUAAACCAUACAGUUAAAAAAAAAAAAAAAAUGACCACUCCUGCUCUGUUGCCAAUUUCCGGGAGAAGAAUACCGACCCUAAACCCCGGCUUCUCCUCAUUCCCUCAUCACCGGGCUACCUUGCGACUAUCUGAGAAGUUUAUAUUGCUCCUCAUCCUCAGUGCCUUCAUCACCCUGUGCUUUGGAGCGUUUUUCUUCCUCCCAGACUCCUCAAAACACAAGCGCUUUGAUUUGGGUUUGGAAGAUGUCCUAAUACCUCACAUUGACCCCAUCAAGGAGGGAAAACAUCCUGGGGGGCAUAUCAUCCAUGGGCAAGGAGGACACGACGAACACCGGCACAGGGAGGACGAAGAACAUUUGAGGAAUAAGAUCCGCGCAGAUCAUGAGCGGGCGCUGGAGGAGGCGAAGGAGAAGCUGAAGAAGUCCCGUGAAGAGCUACGAGUCGAGAUCCAGACUGAGAAGAACAAGGUGGCCCAGGACCUUAAGAAAAAAGACAGCAAGCCGCUACCUCCUGUUCCCAUGCCCAAGCUGGUGGGCAUUCACGAUGGGGACCCGGGAGAUCCUGACGUCAAGGAGAAACGUGACAAGAUCAGAGAGAUGAUGAAACAUGCAUGGGACAACUACAGACAGUAUGGCUGGGGGCACAAUGAGCUGAAACCUCUCGCCAAGAAAGGCCAUUCCACCAAUAUCUUCGGAAAUUCCCAAAUGGGAGCAACCAUCGUUGAUGCUUUGGACAGCCUCUACAUAAUGGGCCUGCGUGACGAAUUCAGAGACGGGCAGGAGUGGAUUGAGAAAAACCUUGACUUCAGUGUGAAUGUUGAAGUGUCUGUCUUUGAAGUCAAUAUCCGGUUCAUUGGUGGUUUGCUUGCAUCGUAUUACCUGUCUGGACAGGAGGUUUUCAAGAUCAAAGCUGCCCAGCUGGCAGAAAAGCUGUUGCCUGCAUUUAACACCCCGACUGGUAUACCCUGGGCGAUGGUAAAUUUAAAAAGUGGUGUUGGGCGGAACUGGGGCUGGGCUUCUGCAGGCAGUAGUAUCCUGUCUGAGUUUGGCACUCUGCACAUGGAGUUUGUUCACAUGAGCUAUCUAACAGGGAACCCUGCCUACUACAAUAAAGUCAUGCACAUUCGAAAACAGCUGCAGAAAAUGGACAGGCCAAACGGUCUCUAUCCAAAUUACCUGAACCCAAGAACAGGGCGCUGGGGGCAACAUCACACAUCUGUGGGAGGACUGGGCGACAGCUUCUAUGAGUACUUGUUGAAAGCCUGGCUAAUGUCUGACAAAACUGAUACUGAAGCAAGGCAGAUGUACGAUGAUGCCAUUGAGGCGAUAGAGAAACACCUGAUCAGAAAGUCCAAUGGGGGACUGACAUUCAUUGGGGAGUGGAAGAAUGGACACCUGGAGAGGAAGAUGGGUCACCUUACGUGUUUCGCUGGUGGGAUGUUCGCCCUGGGGGCUGAUGGAUCAAAGGGGGACAAAGCUGGGCACUACUUGCAGCUGGGGGCGGAGAUAGCACACACCUGUCAUGAGUCUUACGACAGGACAGUUUUAAAGCUAGGCCCAGAGGCUUUCAAAUUUGACAGUGGUUUGGAGGCAGUGGCAGUCCGCCAGAAUGAAAAGUAUUACAUUCUCCGCCCGGAGGUAAUCGAGACGUACUGGUACAUGUGGAGGUUCACACAUGACCCAAAGUACCGCCAGUGGGGCUGGGAAGCAGCACAGGCCAUUGAAAAGUACUGCAGAGUCAGUGGCGGAUUCUCCGGUGUGAAGGAUGUGUAUUCUUCAUCUCCAACUUUUGACGACGUGCAGCAAAGCUUCUUCCUGGCAGAAACACUGAAGUAUCUGUAUCUGCUGUUCUCCAGUGAUGACUUUUUACCUCUGGACAGCUGGGUCUUCAACACAGAAGCUCACCCCCUGCCUGUGUUGCACCUGGCAAACACAACUCUUUCAGGCAACCGUGUGGCUCGAUAGGAUCUGAAACAGGCUGCCUCUUGUGCUAUUGGACCACACCAGGCCUUCAGACUCAAAAUUCAAUCAAAUAAAAUAGAAAAACUAUGAAAUCCUGUAGAGAGAUUUGUGCGUGUGGACUGGCUGCUGCAGGGAAUUGAGCAUUCUCAUUUCCUUCUUGCUCUAAAAGUGUUUGCGCUGGAGGUCAAAGCAAGUGAAUUUAAAAGAUUCCAUUUUUGUUUUUUAACCUGACCAAAAUGUAAGGAUUACAGUAUGUUGUGGACAUUGAGAAAGAAGAUAGACUCAUUCCCUCUUCAAAUGUGAGCAAGGAUACGUCAUUCGUUGCAAUGUUUAGGAUGCUAACCAGCAAACACAUUUUCUGAGUGGCCUGGCAUGGAAAUUCGUUGACUAAAACCUUUUUUAGAGACACUUUGGAGAGAGCCAGGAUUUUUGUCUUCUGUAGUAAAUGAAAAACAUCAUAACUCAAGAUCCCGAAUUAUCAUAGUAGCAGCUUAAUGUUUGUGUACAUUGCCCUUUUUCACUUGGUAUUUUUUACUGAAAGACAAGAAGUCCAGCUCUGUUUAAACAAGCUUGUCAGCAGUCAUGUCGCUUCUCGUUCAGUACAUAAUGAUGCUCCUGUAAACCUUGUAAUGUAUGCAUUUGUUAUCUUUCUUUAUCCCUGGAAACAAAAUGGAAAAUGAAAAAGAAAAACAAAGCCCCUUUCAGCCUUUGUUUGAGCCUUUGUUAGGUGAUUUUGAGGGUGAAACCUGUGUUUGGAUGCAAAUGGUAAAUUAAUGUACUACUCUGUUUUGCACUCCCUCCUUUGAGUGAUGAAGUAUGUAGAAUUCUGAUUUUCAGCACCUUCAUGUGCAUAUUGUAGCACCUAAUGAUGCCCAUGUUGGCGAUGUAAACUGUACCGCAGUGCAUCUUGAACAAACACAAUAGCUAAUAGUCUCCCUUUAUUAUGAAGGAUUUUAACAGAACUAAAGUGUCAUUUGUUAAAAAUUUAGCUCAGCAUAGCUCUGUUCUUAAUGUGAAAAUUGCACUAUUUAAAGUGGAAUUUUAUUCUAGGUGUGCCCAAGCAUGGCAUACUGGGUUGCACAACCGGUACGUUUUUAUUAGAGGGGGUGAUCUUUUAUUUGUCCGUUGUAAUUUUAAAUGUGUAUGUAAUGAAAAAAUAAAGAGCCGUAUAAGAGAUGCUGUGCUUUUUUCCAGUGUGAAAGCAUUUUUUUUAACCAUAAAAUUUGAAAUCUAGAAUAACAGAAAAAAACAGUCCUUCUCCAGAGUUCAUUUACUAUUCUUAUUUCAUGUUAAUUGUAUAGGAAUGAACAACCCAGAAAGUUGCGGUUAAUAGUGAAGUUAAAUGGAGAAUGCAGAAGGGGUUCUCGUCUCCCACUAGUGCAUACUGUAGAUUCCCAGCGUGAAAAAUGCACAAAGAGAUUUGAUGUGCAAAAAAAAGUUCCUGUGAUGAUUCAGUAUACACCCUUAUCAUAACAAUAAUGAAAGAAACUUUGCAUGCUCAUAACUCUCCAUUUAACUAGGAAAUAAUGGAUUUAGUUUCACAUGUUUCCAACCAUCAUUAAUAGAAUAAGAAUUGUGCAAAUAAAGUCACUACAAUGGCCAAAAAAAAACAGCUUUCAGAAAACAAGUUCAAUAAUUUAUACUGUAUACAUUUGCUAAGAAAAUAUGCAGAAACACAAGCCUUUCAAAAAGCUCCUUAAAUGGUAUAAAAGCAGAGAUUUGGCACUCUUAGCCAUAUUGUAUGCAUGUGUUUAUUAUUUUAAAUAGGACUUCAUAUACAAUGUUCCUGUGUGUAUCUCCUUUGAGCUACUGCACACUUUUUUGUUUUGCAAAUUUUAAUGUUUUUGUUUGUUUGUUUUACCAUUAUACCUUGUAUUAUUUGUUUGAAUGUGUUUCUGUUUGUAAACUUUGCAGUAAUUAGAAUCAAAUGCACAAUGUACUAAGUUGCAUGAUUACCUGUAUGUCAGUCGAUACAGUACAAAGAUGCUUACCAUUUAUAGACUAUUUUAGCAAGCUUGCAGGAAAUAAUUAUUAAAAGACUUUGACUUGAAUAUAAAGCCUUGGUAUCUAGCUUGAUGUAUAAAUAACUGCAGUCAGCACUCGGGCAUCCGUUACCCAGAUACACGUCAGUUACAUUUUACCACCCUUGUAUAAAGAAUACAAUCAAUCCCUAUA